UGGAGCCCGACCCGCCCAUCGCUUCCCUCUGUCAAAGGAAGUCUCUGGUGCUACACUGAGCACACACUCUUUGAAAGUGCCAAUCAAGCACGAGAAAGCUAGACGACUUGCUUAACACUCUCUAUUCUUUUUGCCGUCCUCAUUUUUCCUGCGUUUUUUCAUGGGCUUUCUGAGCGUUCCUGUACACCAACAACAUGCUGGUUCCAUCUGAGUAGGAGGUGGCAACAAAAGACCAAAUGCCAUGGAUGCACUUAAUUUCACAUACUGGAAUGCCUCUGAAGGCAAUGAGACAGAAGUUGUGGAAGAAAGUGAAAGCGCCUACAAGACUGUGGAGGUGGUGUUCAUCGUGUUGGUGGCUGGUUCCCUCAGUUUGGUCACAGUUAUUGGCAAUAUCCUGGUCAUGCUUUCCAUCAAAGUUAAUAGGAACCUUCAAACUGUCAACAAUUAUUUUUUAUUCAGCCUUGCAUGUGCUGACCUAAUUAUUGGACUAUGCUCUAUGAACUUGUACACAGUUUACAUAGUAAUCGGCUACUGGCCACUGGGGCCGGUGGUGUGUGACUUGUGGUUAGCCUUGGACUAUGUAGUCAGCAAUGCAUCUGUCAUGAAUCUUCUCAUCAUCAGUUUUGACAGAUACUUCUGUGUCACUAAGCCCCUCAGCUACCCUGUAAAAAGGACCACCAAAAUGGCGGGGAUGAUGAUUGCUGCUGCCUGGGUCCUUUCAUUUAUCCUCUGGGCACCAGCUAUUCUAUUCUGGCAGUUCAUUGUUGGUGGGCGGACAGUGCCUGAAAAGGAGUGCUAUAUCCAGUUCUUUUCCAAUGCUGCUGUGACUUUUGGUACAGCCAUUGCCGCCUUUUACCUGCCUGUCAUCAUUAUGAUCCAGCUAUACUGGCAGAUCUCCAGAGCGAGUAAGAGCCGUGUGAAGAAGGAUAACCGCAAGCCAUCAGGAGCCAACCCAGAAGCUCUGUCGUCCGGCCAGAGGAGAAAUAGCACACCCAAACCCAACAACAACAAUGUACCGGGGGAGGACGCAGGACAUUCCCAGAACCAGAGCGCUGAUGAUGGAGCCUGCCAGCAUGAUGGGAAACUGCAGAAUGGCAAAGGACCUUCCUCCACCACCGCUGAUGGGGAAACCGAAGGUGAAGAUCUGACCAGGGAGAACUGCGCUGCAGGAGAGGCAGCAGAGGAGAAAGAGAGCUCCAAUGACUCAACAUCUGGCAGUGUGGCUGCUUCCAAUCAGAAGGAUGAGGAACCAGCACCGUCCACAGCCAACUCCAGUGCUGAGACAAGUCAAAUCCCACGUCAGCGAGCCAAGGCAGGGGGCUCCAAACUGACCUGCAUCAAGAUCAAGACUAAGUCACCAAAAGGUGACUACUACACACCAUCAAAUGCCACAGUUGAAAUUGUCCCGACCUCAGAGCGGCAAAACCAUGUAGCAAGGAAGAUCGUGAAGAUGACUAAACAACCUCCAAAUAAGAAAAAGAAAGGAGCACCAUCACGGGAGAAGAAAGUUACCCGCACCAUAAUGGCCAUCCUGGUAGCUUUCGUAGCCACCUGGACUCCAUAUAAUGUAAUGGUGCUUAUUAACACCUUUUGCUCCAGCUGUAUCCCCAACACAGUAUGGACUAUUGGUUACUGGCUGUGUUACAUCAAUAGCACCAUCAACCCAGCCUGCUACGCCCUGUGCAAUGUCACUUUUAAAAAGACAUUCAAACAUCUUCUCCUCUGCCAGUACAAAAAUAUUAGGUCAGCCAGAUAA